AUGGCUGCAGCCAACAAAGGCAACAAGUCCAGAGUCCGGAGUAUCCGCUUUGCAGCAAGCCAUGAUGCAGAAGGCUCCCACAGCCACGUCCACUUUGAUGAGAAACUGCAUGAUUCAGUGGUCAUGGUCACCCAGGAGAGCGACAGCAGCUUUCUUGUCAAGGUGGGCUUCCUGAAGAUCCAGCAUAGAUACGAGAUUACCUUCACCCUGCCUCCAGUGCACAGGCUGAGCAAGGAUGUCCGUGAGGUACCUGUCCCCAGCCUGCACCUCAAGCUUCUCAGCAUCAUGCCCAUCCCAGAAGGUUACAGUGUCAAGUGUGAGUACUCAGCGCACAAGGAGGGCGUCCUUAAGGAAGAGAUGCUGCUGGCAUGUGAGGGCGGCAUCGGGACCUGCGUGCGUGUGACAGUGCAGGCACGCGUCAUGGACCGGCACCACGGAACACCCAUGCUGCUGGACGGUGUCAAGUGUGUGGGUGCCGAGCUGGAAUAUGACUCGGAGCACAGCGACUGGCAUGGCUUUGACUGA